CAUGCGCAGUAAAGUUUCAAUUGUGCCAGUGGCCUCGGUGUUGUUUUUGUUCCUCUGUACGGUUAACAUUAUCGAAGUAAUUCGUUUUUAUACACUUUUAACAAUUAGAUUAUCGCCACUUUGGAGAUCCUGGCAAGUUAAAUGGGUGCCGUACCGAGUACGGAGGGCGAAAGGGAACCGCUGGUUGUCCCCGUUCCGCCAGAGACGAGCCUACAGCCUGCCUAUAGCAGAGUCUAUGGAAGAAGAUGGCUGGUUUUGACAAUAUUUUCUCUUUUGGGGUUUAUGCAAGGAAUGGUUUGGAACACAUGGGGUCCGAUCCAAAACUCUGCCAAACAUGCUUACGGUUUCGAAAACACGGACAUCGCCUUGUUGGUUCUGUGGGGUCCGAUUGGGUAUACGUCGUGGCUCGUAUUUAUGUGGUUAAUGGACAAGAAAGGUCUGAGGGUGUCCCUCCUGCUGUCGGCCUUCUUCAUGGUGGCAGGAAGUGCCAUGCGGAGCGUCCCUGUGCCCGACCUGCAGCUGAAACGAUGGUUGAUCCACGGGGGGCAGCUGCUGAAUGGUUUGGCCGGGCCCACCAUCAUGAGCGCGGGGCCCCUCCUCUCCACGACGUGGUUCGCCCCGGACCAGAGGGCCACGGCCACUGCGGUCGCCUCGCUCAUCAGCUACCUGGGGGCGGCGGGCUCCUUCCUGAUUGGCCCGCUGGUGGUGCCGGCGCCCAAUGAGACGCAUCAGGCCGGGCUCGGGGCGGUGGACUGGCACGUCGGCCACAUUCGGGACCGGAUCCAGCUGGUUCUGUAUGCAGAGUUUGCGAUGAUCGCCGUGCUCUUCGCGGCGGUGCUGCUGUACUUCCCCUCCCGCCCCCCCGCCCCCCCCAGCGUGGCCGCCGCCAGCCAGAGACUGAGCUACAGGAGCAGCAUCUGCAGACUGCUGAGUAACGUGCGCUUCCUGAUGAUGGCGCUGGCGUACUCUGUGCCCACGGGCGUGGUGGCGGGCUGGUCCGGGGUGUUGGACAUGGUCCUCACCCCCGCUAAAGUCAGCCAGGUGGACGCCGGCUGGAUCGGCUUCUGGUCCGUGGUGGGAGGCUGUGUGUUCGGCGUGGCCAUGGCCAGGUUUGCAGACUCUAUCCGGGGAAUGCUGAAGCUGAUCCUGGUGCUGAUGCUGGCGGGGGCUUCGCUGGCCUCCACCUGGUUCACCCUCACCUGUCUGACCCGGCUCACCCACCUGCCCUCCACCGCAGCCACGCUGUACACGUCCUGUAUCCUGGUGGGAAUCUUCAUCAACAGCAGCGUGCCCAUCUUCCUGGAGAUGUUCAUCGAGACGGUGUACCCUGUGCCUGAGGGCAUCACCUGCGGCGUGGUCACCUUCCUCAGCAACCUGGUCACUGGACUCCUCCUCUUCUUCCUCACUUUCUACUUCAAAGAACUUUCCUGGCUGAACUGGUGUCUGACCGGCUCCUGCCUCUUCAGCCUCCUCCUCAUCCUGAUGUUCCGCGAGUCGUACGACCGGCUCUACCUGGACGUCUUCGUCUCCGUCUGAGACGGCCGCCAUUUUGUUUCUUUUUGGAGACUGAAGCGUUUUUUUAACGGUGGACUUCCUAUGCUCAAUGCACAAUGCACAAUGGAGAAACUGGAAAAAGAGAAGGUACCAGAUCCCACUUCCAACAAAAUGGACGUUUUACCAAUACCUUUGUUUUAUAAAAACAAAUAAGGAAGAAAAAGAAAAGAAAUUCUAAAUGUCUUAUGAUGACGAUGAUGUUUUUUAUUUAAUCGUAGCCAAUGAGAAGUACCGACAGUAGAUGGUGGAACCAGGUCGUUGUAAACUGUUCACAAACUCUGCUGUGCCCUGUGGUCUUAUGAACCGCUUUAUAUAAUCUGUUUUUAAAGUGACUGUAAAGUUUCACUGUAACGUUUGACUGAUAGUCACGGCAUGAGGGAAAGUCUGUCGUUUACGUGUUUGUUCAUGGAGGGGCCUUGGUCUGCUGUCGUGGGGUCUCCGGGAUUUCUCUUUCCAUUCAGAGGGUGGUAACGGCAGAAUUGAGCGCUCUCUCGUGCGAUGUUGUGCAAACGGGACGACCAGUCAACGCAGGCUCUUCUGAGCCAAGGGUCGCCCAUCGUCCACGUGGGGAAACACAGCUCCUUCUAAUUAGUUUCUUCAGGACUUUCUCUUUUAAUCAGCAUUGAAAAUUGACGUUUCGCCCCACCCCCUUUGUAAUAUAUUAGUAUAUUAAUAAUAUUAAUAUUGAGAUUCAAAUGUAGGGAUUAAUGCUGCUUAAAGUGUCCAGGGCUCUGAUUGGUCAGGCCCCGGGAAGUGAGGGUUUAAAGGUCGCAAGUUCGCAAGUUCACUGGCUCGACUCUCAACUCUCCCGAACUCGAGUGGACCAGCCAAUAGGAAAGCUGUCCGGUUCUCAGGGAGGCGGGGCUAAAGGUCGCACAGAUGGUGUCGGUGGGUACGGCCGUCAUCGAACUCUGACCUCUGACCUCUGACCUACCGCCAGACCUCGCCGUCUGCUCUGAGAGUUCCUCUUGUAGUUUUUCGGCUUUUUUUCUAAGCCAUAAGUUCUGUUUUUAUGUGCCGAUACUUUUUGUUGUUGUCGUCUGAGACUCUUAGCAACCCGUUAAAGCGAGAACCAGGCAACAUCUCUGGUCUUUUUUAACCUUUUAAUUUGUUAAUUUAAAACACUAACCCAUGGCUGUUAGCAGAGCUUCUCUGCUGCCUGGUGAUGUGGGAAUCACUCCAGCAUUGCAUUAGAGGUGGACAGCACAGCGGCCAUUUUAUGGAGGAAGGGAGGGGCUUGUUACCCAUAAUCCUGUUCAGCAGGCUCUGUGGUCACAGGCCUUAAUAUCGGCAGAGACGGAGGCACUGCAACCAGAGGGAUCGUCUUCCAUGCAACUGGCACCUCUACUGGCCAAUCACAGCCAGCCUCUGCUAGCCAAUCACAGCCGCCUUAGUGAUGUGAGCCAGUCGGGCCUUGUGUUGACGAGCUUGAGUUCUAUCAGUCCUUCUCAGCUCUGAGGGUUUUAAAAUGGGAGCUGGGAGUUGAGAGUGAGAGGGAAUGUGCACUGACAGUAAGGUGCACGGAUCUUGUUCAAUGCACCUGUACGUAGUCUAGACUCCAUAAGAAGAGCAGGGUGGAAGGGAAUAAACUCAGUGUGUAGUUUUAGCAGAAGGGCCUCUCGGUGCUAACAGUGGGGCUUCAGUUUAAACGGGAUCUGCAGACGGACCUCGAUGACCUGGGUGUGCCCGGCUCCUCUCUCUCUGCGGGAGGUCUAGCCGUGAGGCGAUUAUCGGCGCGUCUCUGUGCCACCCGUCGUCAUGGAGACCCCCCCUCUCUGUCCAAUCAUAGCCCCCCUGCGUGUGCCUGAGCCUUCAUGGACAGUUCACUCCACCUGGGCCUCAGGUGACUCUACGUGUUUGUGUACAUUAAUAUUUCCAUUACCUCGUCCUCCGCGCCUUUCACUUGUGAGGGAAUAAUCUCGCGUCAGUCAUGUCCUAGCACUCGCUGACGCCCGCUUCAUAACCGCGUUCCGUCAGAAGUGUCAUAAUGGUGUCAAGUUCAUGCUCGGUUUUGUCAUGUUUUGUGUUUUGUGUGUGUGUGCUUAUGUGUCAAUGGUUCUGUCAUUACGAAGGAAUCUCAAAGAUCUACUUCAAAUAAAGUUUUAAGGAUGUUUAUUUUUAUUUUUAAGUUGUUACACAUCGCAGGUGGGUGGGUUAUUAGGCCCAGGGGGUUCUGGGAGUUUGUCCUUCUGCUCAGUGACUAUUUUUAAUGUCUGUAUGUUUGUGUUCCCUGUACAGAGAUCUUAACUUUGUGAAAUAUUGCCUUAAGUGUGACCCAUGCACCUUGGGGAUGAGCUGUCCUCCUGUGCAGGUGUG